AUGUCGCCCUCUGUGACCUGGAUCUUGCUGCUGUCGGGACUCCACAGUGUCUGCACUCAGGGCUUAUUGGAGGAAAGGACUGUGGGCAGGGCCAGGAGCAAGCUGCUGGCCACCAAUGUUAUACAGACACAUGAUGGACAAGCCAUCUUGGAUGAGGACUGUGGCCUGGAGCUGGCGUUUCUGGUGGACAGCUCCGAGAGUGCCAAGGACAACCACGAGCAGGAGAAGCGUUUUGCCAUGGAUGUGGUGGACCGGCUCCCGCGCAUCCGGCUGAAGACCGGGCGUCGGCUGAACUGGCGGGCGGCCCUGCUGCAAUACAGCAGCCAUGUGGUGGUGGAGCAGACCUUUAAGCAGUGGAGGGGCACGGACAACUUCAAGGCCCGCAUCGCACCCAUUGCCUACAUUGGCCACGGCACCUACACCACCUACGCCAUCACCAACCUGACCCAGAUCUACCUGGAGGAGUCGGGCCCGGCCAGCAUCAAGGUGGCCGUGCUGAUGACGGACGGAGUGUCCCACCCCAGGAACCCCGACAUCUUCUCUGCCACCGCCGACGCCAAGAACCAGGGGGUGCGCUUCUUCACCGUAGGCAUCACCCCCACGGCCAACGAGCCCACCAACGUGGCACAGCUGCGUCUGAUCGCCAGCUCGCCGGCCGCGCGCUUCCUCCACAACCUGCAGGACAAGGGCAUCGUGGACAAGGUCAUCAAGGAGAUUGCAGAAGAAGCCGAUGAAGGGUGUCCUCUGGACCAGAGAUGUACAUGUGAAAAGGGAGAGAGGGGUCCGGUCGGCCCGGCUGGUAAGAAGGGUCGGCCGGGUGAUGAUGGAACACCAGGUGCCAAAGGACAGAAGGGUGAAAGCGGGUUGAGUGGACUUCCAGGUCGAGAGGGGGUAGAGGGUAAACCGGGCUACAAAGGGGAGAAGGGUGAGAGAGGAGAUUGUGGCACUCCAGGAAUUAAAGGAGACAGGGGACCUGAGGGUCCAGUUGGUAUUGGUGGUGCUAGAGGUCUACAGGGAUUGCCAGGGCCACAAGGAGACAUUGGUCCCGAGGGUCCAUACGGAAAGAAGGGAGAACGUGGGUCUCCUGGUCCCCCUGGAAUUCAGGGAGAAACGGGGAUUGGAUUCCCUGGACCAAAGGGUGAUGUUGGGAUGCAGGGGAGACCGGGUCCUCCUGGCCCACCGGGCUUAGGCGAACCGGGCCCGCCUGGAUCUCAAGGGCCACAAGGGGUUCAGGGAGAAAAAGGACCCCAAGGAGAAGGGUUCCCUGGACCAAAGGGGGACAGGGGGCUGGAGGGACCGAGAGGGGCCAGGGGACCGCCAGGAGGGGGAAUCAGAGGUGAAAAGGGGGAGUUGGGACCCCCAGGUUUUCCAGGACCGCCUGGCCUGCCAGGAGUGGGCAUUCAGGGGGAGAAGGGUACAGAGGGGCCCCGGGGGCCACCAGGGGCCAGGGGGCUUCCAGGAGAGGGCUUCCCAGGACCCAAGGGUGACCAAGGCUUACCUGGAGAGGUGGGAUCACCAGGAGAGAGAGGCGCUGGUGAACCUGGCCCAAAGGGUGAGCCAGGAGCUUCAGGAUUGGCAGGCUUACCUGGCCUUCCUGGAGAGGAUGGUGCUCCCGGACAGAAGGGUGAGCCGGGGACACCAGGGCUGAGGGGACCAGAGGGACCAGCAGGUAUUGGCACCCAGGGAGAGAAGGGAGACCAAGGUCAGAGGGGCAUCCGUGGGUUACCUGGGCCUCCUGGAAUCGCUGGGCCUUCGGGUUCCAAAGGGGAGCCUGGCUUAUCAGGCCGACUCGGCCUACCUGGGCCGCCAGGACAGUCCAUUGCAGGGCCAAAGGGAGAUAUUGGGCCAUCUGGUCCUCCCGGGCCUAUAGGAGAGACAGGCUAUGGACUGCCAGGUCCUAAGGGUGAACGUGGUAGCCCUGGACCACCUGGUCCAUUUGGGCCCAAAGGUGAUGGCUACCCAGGUUCUCCUGGUCCUCCAGGCCUUCCCGGUCCUCCAGGUGACCAGGGUCCAGAAGGAGUGGGCUUUCCAGGCCCAAAGGGGGAUGUUGGCUACAGGGGGCUGCCUGGUUUGCCAGGCCCACCAGGCGAAGGGCUACAAGGACUCCCAGGUGCUAUGGGGCGUCCCGGACAGCCAGGUCCCCCAGGCCCCCCGGGGGAAGGCGUGCAGGGGCCUAAGGGUGAGCAGGGAUCCCAGGGCAUGACAGGCCCCAGGGGACCACCAGGGGAUGGAUUCCCGGGUGCUAAGGGAGACCGUGGUGCUCAGGGAGAGAGAGGGUGGAAGGGGGUGAAGGGAGAUGGUGGGGACCCUGGAGUUCCUGGCCAAUCAGGAAGACCAGGAGUCAAAGGUGAGGCAGGUCUAACGAGAGAAGAAGUUAUAAGAAUGAUCAGGGAGAUAUGUGGCUGUGGCAUCCGGUGCAAAGAGAGACCCAUGGAGCUGGUGUUCGUCAUCGACAGCUCGGAGAGCGUCGGCCCUGAGAACUUUGAAAUCAUCAAGGACUUUGUGACGGCGCUGGUGGACCGGGUGACGGUGGGCAGGAACGCCACCCGGAUCGGGCUGGUGCUCUACAGCCUGGACGUCAACCUGGAGUUCAACCUGGCCCGCUACAUCACCAAGGAGGACGUGAAGCGGGCCGUCAGGAAGAUGCCCUACAUAGGCGAGGGCACUUACACGGGCACGGCCAUCCGCAAGGCCACGCAGGAGGCGUUCUACAGCGCCCGCAGCGGCGUGAGGAAGGUGGCCAUCGUCAUCACGGACGGACAGACCGACAAACGCGAGCCUGUCAAGCUGGACAUCGCUGUGCGGGAGGCCCAUGCCGCCAACAUCGAGAUGUACGCCCUGGGGAUCGUCAACACCACCGACGCCAGCCAGGCCGAGUUCCUGCGCGAGCUCAACCUCAUCGCCUCUGACCCCGACAGCGAGCACAUGUACCUCAUCGACGACUUCAACACCCUGCCAGCUCUGGAAUCCAAACUCGUCAGCCAGUUCUGCGAGGAUCAUAACGGAGCCGUGGUCCUCAACCGCAUCACGAACGGAUAUGGCAUCAACACUUUCGGGAACAACAACUGGAAUAAUGUCUAUAAUGGCUACGGGUACCCCACCAAGGAGGAAGACCCUAACAGGAGAGGUGUACAGACCCACGGCGGAGGCACCCCACCCGUCAGACCUGAUAUAAUCACAGUCCAGGUUGACGAGAGAGAUCAAACCAGACAGACCACAGAGCGUGGAGGUGGCAGCGUGCCCCAUCAACCCAGCAUUCCUGUCAGGCAGCCCACAUCCACCAACACCUCAACCUCCUCCACCACCUCCACCUCCACCUCCACCCGGGUGCAGCCCGCGCCACGCCCCGACCUGCCCCAAGAGUUCAUCCCGCUGGACCCCCGCUGCUCACUGAUCCUGGAUCAGGGCCCCUGCCGCGACUACAACAUCCGCUGGUACUACGACAAGCAGGCCAACGCCUGUGCCCAGUUCUGGUACGGAGGCUGUGAGGGAAACAGCAACCGCUUCGACACAGAGGACCAGUGCAAGACGAUAUGUGUGCUCCCCAGAGCAGUCCCUGGCCCCUAA